CGGAGCCCACAUACCCAGCUCUAGAUUUUGCAGCAGAGUUUGAGGCAGAGAGAUACGCUGGCGAGGAUCCAAUUUCAUCUUUACUCCUCCCUCAAUAGGUACCUACCUGGAUCCGUUAAUCGGAUAAUUGGCAAAGAUCAAGAUCAAGCACGAUGCCUCCUCAAUCCGAACUCGACGGCCGCUCUAUUUAUCGCCCUUUCAAGUUCCCUCGGCCCCUUUCCGAACCCGAGAAUACUAUCCCUUUCCUUCGCCAUCUCGCAGGCAAGCUCACUUCCCUUUCCAAAAUAAAGAUAUACUUCCUCUCCUAUGAGGAGUUAACUAGCCUUGUCGAGUACGAGUUAUCUCGCCUAACCGACGACGAGUUCUAUCGUUUAAUGGAGGCCGAGAUUUUCCCCUUCUUACCUAUCGUCCUUCAAGCCUUUUUCUCUCUGAUAUAUCAUUUUGCCCGUAAAGCCAAACAACAUAAGGAACAACAGCAGACAACUCGUCCGGUCACCACUUUCGACAGGAUACAUUUUUUCAUUUUCGCCUCACUUUCUACCUUCAUAGUCACAAGACUCACACCAAGUUUGGUACGCGAUUUCUGCCAGUGGUUGGACACAAUAAUGCAAACGCUUAAAGGUGAUGUUGCUGUUACUACCAUUGCUCUUCAGCCGGGGGGACUGAUACCUUCAAAUAGCCCCAUUUUUUUCUCUAAAUAUUCAAUACCAGAAGGUGUCCAGGGUCUUAAAGGCAUUAGGUACCUUCGAAAAGCAAAAACAGUCUUUAGACAGGAGCAACUGAUACCUUCAAAUAGACCCAUUUUUUCCUCAAAAUAUUCAACAAGUGCAGAUGUGCAGGGUCUUAAAGGCAUUAGGUACCAUCGAAAAGCCAAAACAGUUUUUAGACAGCAAAGGAAAAUUUGUAUUAUAAACAAAACCAAGAGUAGAAAGUUACUCUACCCACAUUGGGGGAGAAAGAACAAAGAAGGCACAUCUAGAGCUGUUGUUUGAAGACCUACUGGCAAAGAGAAAACAGACUAGCUGAAGAGAAGUAUGUUCCAAAAGGAAAGAUUCAUGAAGGUUGUAUUUUUAUUUUUUUGAAGCAGGAAGGUUGUCAUUUUCAUAAGGUUGAUUGGAUAAGUUGAAUUUUACUAUCGUUUUAUUUUGUAAAUAAAACAUUGUGUGGUACUACUUGUUAUAAUUUUUAUUAUAAUAAUUUAUUUUAAAGUAUUAUUAUUAGAGGAA